GGCGAGUCAGUUGUACUGUGGCAGGCGGAGAGUGAGGGUGUUCGACUGUCUCUCCCUCUCUUACACUGGGCGAAGUGACUGGCGCGAGCCUUCUCGCUCGCCGUUAAGUUUAUACUUUUGUGUUUUUUGUGGCGUGGUGGUCCUUCCUGAAGGGAUUGAUUAAACUUUUCGACAAGGUUUUUUUGUGCAUGGUUCGGAUAAAAGAUAUUCUUGGCUGGAUUUACUGCGGAUAUCUUUAUCACUUGUGGAAUACAGUGUUAAUAUAUGUAAGAAUAAGAUAUAAAUCUAUUCUUCUCACGAGCAAAAUAAUGGUUAUGAUGAAAGAGCAUUGAAUAAAGGAAAAGAAAAAAGCAGAAAGAUUGAAACGUUAAUGUGCCUCAAAUAAAGUGUCUUCUCGGCUGAUGAUGAAGCUCGACCAGUGAGAGCAAGAGCGAAGACACGAUGCUCCUGAAGAAGGCCUCGCACGACACCAGGAAACAGACUGCCGGAGGAAAGAUGCAAAUCGCUCACAGCGAGGAGAUCCGCCAGAGUCUGGACGUCCUGGACCGAGUGCUCUCCGAGUUCGACGACAUCGAGACCGACACCAAUGACGACUCUGUCGCGGCCGACUACCCCGACGCCCCCGAGCACGCCGACAGGUCCAGCGAGAACGACGACGCCGGAGGAUCGCCUCCGCCCGUCGACAGAAGCCUCAAGCCCCGCCCACCUCCGGAGCUCCCCCGCAAGACCCGCCUGCCCCGCCCGGGCUCCGGAAGCUCGUCGCCGUCCAGCCAUGAGUACCAGGAGAUCAACUCCGAUGUGGGCGUGUCUCCCCGUGUCCCUGAGGCGCCCCCUGCACCGCCUGUUCCGCCCGCCCCACCCGUCCCGCCGGUCACGUCUCCUACGGGGCGCGGCGUGAGGCGCCAGAUGUCCGAGGACCGCGCCAGGUCGCGCCGCAACGAGGAGGAGCUCCGGCGCCAGCCCCGCAGACAGAGGAGCGAGGACGCGCGCCUGCGCCACGACGACAUCUCCUCCAGCUCUGGCGACCUCAUGACCCUCGACGUCCGCGACAUGAGCAAGCCGCGGCCGACGCGCGACUCCAGCCGGGGGCGCUCCCGGGAGCCGCAGAGGGAGGCGCGGGAGCCGCAGAGGGACGCGAGGGAGCCGCGCCACCUGAGGAAGAGCCGCUCGGGCGAGGUGGAGGCCAGGAAGGUGGCCGAGUCCAGGUCGUCCGACCGGUGGCUGGACCACGCGGCGCACCCCGACCCCCUCAUGGAGCAGCGGCUGAUGGAGGCCAACAUGAUGGACCCCCGCAUGCUCGACCCCCGGCUGAUCGACCCCAGGAUGAUCGACCCGAGAAUGAUCGACCCCAGGAUGAUCGACCCCAGGUACAUGGACGAGCCCUUCCCCAUGGCUCAGGACCCCAUCCGCUUCCCGCACCUCAUGAGCUACCCGCCCAUGACCCAGGCCGGGCCCAUCACUCCAGGCAACAUGUCGCCGGGGGCCAUCUCGCCCAUCCCGCCUGGCCCGCCCAUGGGGCCGCCCUUCCUGCCCAUGGAGUACCCUCCGUACCCGAUGUACCCGUAUGACGUGGGCUACAUCCCCGACCUGAUGCUGGCGCCCCACCACGCGGCCUUCGCGGCGGACCACAUCCCGCCAGAGUUCAUGCGGCCCGAGUACCUCCCUCCAGACUACCCGCUCGACUUCCCGCUCGAGUACGGGCCCGCCCCCCACCCCGGCAUGAUGGGCGGCAUGUGGGCCGGACCACGCCCGCGAGACGACUGGCCGCCGCCCACGCCACAGCAAGCACAGCAGAUGAUUCAGCGCGUCGUCAGAAACCCGAGCCGGAGCAGCGGGGACGACGACAAAGACGCAGCGGAAGGCGGGCCGAAGCAGACCCAGCUACAGCCCGGCGUGCGCCGCACCGGCCGACGCCUCACCUCCGCGGGGCACUCGGACAGCUCUGGCCUGUCGUCGCCUUCAGAGGACCGUCGCCCCCUGAACAGGAAGCCCCCGGGCUUACCGUGGCGCCAACCAGUCCUUCAGGGAGUCGUCGGAGUUCAGGGUCGGGGAGGCUGUGAGGGAGCUGAGCCCAAGAGGUCCCAUGAAGAGCUCGACGUCGCUGCCGCACUUCUCUUCCGGCAAGGACAGUGGGUUUGAUGAGACUCCUCCAGUCGGGGAUGAGUUUGCCACCAGUCGAGGAGGUCGUUCUGGAGGGGCCUUUAUUGUAUCUGGAGUGUUCAAUGACUCUUCUAGAAUGUUCAUCCCAGCGCCACCGUCCCCAACCCCUGACUAUGAUGAUGAUGGGGAGU